CAUAUAGAGUAAUUCAAAGACAAGGUUUGUAUAAUCCAGCACUAAGAAAAUAAAUUGAUGUGUUUUCUGGAAGGUUUGACUACAGAGUGAUGUAUACGUUUGUUUGUACAGGUGCCAUUUUCAAAUUGCUCAAAAACAUGCAAGCCUGGUUUUUCCAAAAAACAUUCUGAUAUCGCCUGCUGUUAUAAGUGUAUAGAGUGUGCUGAAGGAUACUACACUUCUGAAGCUGACAUGACUGAAUGUUCAAAGUGUCCUAUCUACCAGUGGUCAGAUAAUGGAAGUUCUUACUGUACAAACAGGACAACUCAGUAUUUAGAAUGGAAAAACCCAUAUGCUGUAUCACUUAUGAUUUUUGUAGCCAUUGGCAUUGUUGCUGUGUUAUUAAUAGUCAUUCUGUUUAUAAAGCACAGAGACACUCCAGCAGUUAAAGCAGCCGGGGGUAAUUAUACAUAUCUGUUGGUUUCAUCCUUAUUACUUAGUUUGAUGAGUACUAUCUUUUUCAUUGGUCAGCCAAGUAAUAUUUUCUGCCAAAUCAGACAACCUUUCUAUGGUAUCAGUUUUACCCUGUGUGUUUCUGGCAUCCUAAUAAAAUCUUUACGGAUCCUUUUAGCCUUUGAGUCAGGUAAAAGAGGACACAAAGUAGUGGUUUACCAACCAAUAAUUAUUAUUUGCACAUCGACUUUUCUUCAGAUUUGCAUUUGUGCAAUAUGGCAGGCUGUAAAAAGUCCUUUCUUGAGUGAAAGCAACUCAGUGCCUAAGCUCCAUAUUUUGCAAUGCAAUGAAGGUUCCUAUGUGGCUUUUAGUGUCAUGCUGGGAUAUAUUGGAUUGCUUGCUUUUAUAUGCUUCAUAUUAGCCUACAAAGGAAGGAAGUUGCCUAAGAAAUACAACGAGGCCCGAUGUAUCACCUUCAGCAUGCUCACAUACAUGUUUGUAUGGAUUGCCUUUAUCCCUAUAUAUAUGAAUACCAGUGACAUGUAUGUGUCUGCAGUACAGGUUUUUGCUAUUUUGGCUUCUGUUUAUGGUGUUAUCUUCUGCCACCUUUUGCCUGUAUCAUAUAUUGUACUUUUCAAAGGAAACACCAACAACACAGAAAGGUACAUGAACAGCAUCCGUGCAUUUUGGAUUAAGAAACCAGAAAUUUCACUUCCCCAAAAUAAAGUGUUUUAUACUACACAUUCUAAUUCUAUACUAAGGAAACGGCGCAAGAGUUUUUAAAGAUUCAAAAUCCUCUACUGACCUGCUCCUCAACUCCUCUCUCAUUCCCUCCCCACACAUUCGCAUUCAAGACUUUGCAAGA